UUUUAGAUAAUUUGACAAUUUCGACUGUUUUCUCCUUCCUUACUAGCUAAGGAAAUCUGCACUAUUUAUACUUCUUUCACGAUCACACACUCUCUGUGACAGACGAGCACAAAAUCAUGGAGGAGCCUCUGCUUUCAGAGCAAAGAAGUGAUGCGGGAGAAAAAGAGAGUGGAAAAUGGAGCUCGUAUCAAUACGUGGGAAGAACAGGCUCAGGGAUUCCCACUGCUUCUUUGGCCGGCACUGAAGUCAGCGUCGAAGAGAUUCGGUCGGCCGCUGCCUUUUCCGAUCAUUACCCGCCUUCACUUCACAGCGCUUUGGUUAGUUCGCCCGAGCCCGAUCCUAAUGAACAAGCUAUUGUUUAUCAAGGUGGAUAUGGAGUAGAGUUUGGUGGAAUCACGAAUGAGUUCCGGAAGCAAAUAUUGGAUGAAGUAGAGAUACGAGAAUUACUCAUUGAUCAUGUUGGUCAUCGUUGCUGUUGGGGAAGUCGUCCAGCUCGGACAUGGAGGAUUCGUGCAGUGGAAGACUGCAAUGUUUAUAUAGGAACUCUAGAUACUUUUAUAGAAGAAAGGGAGACUAUAAGAGAAACAGUGCCAUACGUCGGUGGGAAGAUUGAUGGAAGGGAUAGUGGACCUGAACUUGGAAUCUGGGAAUUGGAUUUAAGAUCUGAAUUCCCUGUCCUAUUUAUUCCUCAUAAGGAAUCACGGGCAAAGAUACCUCAUUCUGAAACCAUUGAGAAGUGCUCAGGAUGUGCAGGACGGGGAGAUAUUGCUUGUCCGACAUGCAAUGCAGACCAAGAAGCUGGGUUUUAUAAGGAAAAUCAGGUGUGGCAAUGCCCUGCUUGUCAUGGAAGAGGUUUAAUUGCCCAUAGAGAUGGAUCUGACACAAUAUGUUCUAGAUGUAAUGGUAAGGGAAAGAUUACUUGUGCAACUUGUGCAUCUCGUGGGCUUAUUAAGUGUGAGAAAUGUCAUGGAAAUGGUUCUCUUCUGUCACACAAUGUCGCCAUUGUUAGAUGGAAGACACUUUCAACCCGAAAAGUUAGUGCAACAAGUGGAGCAGCAUCAGUCCCUGAUGAGGUCUUCCACAGAGCCAAAGGUAUCCAAUUAUGCAACACACAGGCAUAUCAAUGCACUCCAGCCUUUUUUGCCGACUCUUUCUCCCUCAACCAGUUUUCUUCUGAAGUUAUUGCCGAAAGAGCUCCUGUACCUCCCUCUGCUAGGGUCAUAAGCGAGAGGCACACCAUCUCUGUUGUGCCAGUUACACGUGUCACCAUGGCUCAUCGUGCUAGAUCCUUCAGUUUCUAUAUCAUUGGUUUUAGCAGGGAAGUCUACUUGAAGGACUACUAUCCUUCACGGUUUUGCUGGGGGCUAUGUCCUUGUUUGGAGUGGUUGAAGUUGUGAUUAGGCGCUGUAAUUCUGCAUGCUUACCCGUAUCUUGUUCCUUGUUUGCUUUCCCUAGUAUUAAGUUGUAGGGUUUUCUCCCUUGUUGACUAUUGGAAUUUGGGGUCAUAAUUUUCUUUUGUUGUUAAUAAAAGUUGGGUUGGGUUUGCUA